GAGGGCGGCGCUGUGGGCGUGUUGGAGGUGAGGCUCAUAGAGGUCAGACAAGCUAUCAGCUCAGCUUCAAUCCUCAGAAGUCAGCAUCCACAGGAGGAGCUCACACACACACCUGUCUGCAAACUCACCGCCACACAACACCAAGCAAUAUGAGCGCACAGGAUCCUCCACCCUACCUCAACAAAGAUACUCAGGCGUCAGGAGUGAAGGUUUACCACGUGCACACCCCGUUCACCCCUCCUGACCAAGAGCAGGUCGGCUCUGCCUCUGCGGCCAAACCAGUGUACACCAGCGGAGGUGGAGGGGGAGGCGGCAGUGAUCAAGGAAAAAAGAAAUUUGUGAGCUACGAUGUGGGUCUGGGUCGGGACCCCGGCAUGACGACCUGCACGUCCUGCCAGCAGCAGGUCAUGACCAACGUCCAUUACAAAGCAGGGACGUACGCCUGGCUCAUGUGCAUACUCUUCAUCUGCUGUGGGUUGUUCCUGUGUUGCUGCUUGAUUCCGUUCUUCCUCGACAGCUUCAAGGACGCGUACCACACCUGCCCCCGCUGUGAAAGAGUCCUGCACGUAGAGAAGAAGGAGUGCUGUAAAUGAUAAACAGCUGGGAGAGACGAACCCGUAGAAAUAAUCAGCGCCAUCUUGUCAGCUUCGUCUGCCUCUGGGUUCCAGAGACCUGGAGAAGCAAAUCGAACGUUUUAUUUUUAUUUUAUUUUUUUCUCAUAUUGGGACAUGGACUCGCUUACCGGUAUUUCUAUGGACAAGCCGUCGAUUUUUACUCGAGGCAAAAAUAAUAAAAAAUAAAAAUAAAAAAAAAUCAGACAUUAAACAACUUCUUCAAUGCUUCAAAAUAUUAUCAAAUAUACGGAAAAUGAUUGUAUUGUCAAAUAUUUAAACGGUUAAAAACCUCUGGUAGGUUCAUAAUCCCCUACAUACUUUUUUUUUUUUUUUUUACAGAUCUUGUAUUUUCCAAAACACUUUUUUUCUGAAAUGAUGCUGGUAAAAUGAAGAAUUGUUUACAGAUCUCAUGUUUCAAGAUGCUGUUUGAAAUCUGAACCAAUCAUCUCGCUGCUCGUAGGGACUUUUAAACAAUUAAAAGUAACAAAACAAAUGAACACACUGUUAGAGUAGAGGCUGUUUUGCUUACUAAUGUACACAAUAACUUUGUGUUGUCAUGUUUUGUUGAAGGAUUCUGCCUAUGAGACUCUGCUUUGAAUUAAGCUGUAUAUGAGGUGUACAUUUCCGUUAGUCAGGAAAUGUACACCUCUAUUUUUUACAACUGUGUGAAGAGCAGUUCACACACCGCACCAUCGUUUUGAUCGAUACCUCCAAACAGAAUAGCCAAAUCAAAUUAUGCAUUUAUGUAUAAUAUAUCUAUAUGUGUAACCUUCUGUCUCUAAAUAAAAAACACUAGCUGCUUAAUGAUACACUAAUAUGCUAAAUCUCAGAUUCAUUUCUGGGUGAAACUGAUGAUGCUUGGAUCUCCGUUAUUUACUAUGUCUGCUGGAAAAUGUUGCACUCCAAUAAAAAGUAGAAUAUAUGGAUUA